CAAGCUUUAAAUUGAUUUUUCAAUACUCUUUUUGUUGUCCUGAGGGAAUAAUAGGCUUGCGAUUGCACACUCGCUUUCCAGUGGCUUGAUCUGCGAUCAAGAUGUGAUCAACCAAUGGCGAGAGGAGACUUGUUUUCUUGUCAAAGCGGAUGUAUGGUUUUUGUUAUUAUUUUCGUGGCGCGAAUUGCAUGCAAUUCAAAUUUCAAAAUAUUUAUGAAAUUUCAUGCAAAGCAGCACACCAGUACACGUUGCAGUUGCGCUGGUCUCUGAGGCUUCCAAUCAUCACAUUCUCCCUCCUUUUCUCACUUUUCUUCUUUUUUCCUUUCAUGUCUUUUGCCAGCCUUUUUGUAUCGAAAUUGACCAAACACACAUUACAGCCUCGCAAUCUCCGGCCAAUGUCCAACACCACCACUACCAGCACUUCCGCAACCAAAAGACCAGUGGUCGUCUUUGGACCCUCAGGUACUGGCAAAAGCACACUCCUCAAGCGGCUCUUUUCCGACUACCCGGCCACCUUUGGUUUCAGCAUCUCCAACACGACGCGCAACCCGCGCGCCGGCGAAACGCCAGGCAAGGACUACCACUUUCUAACGCGACCCGAGUUCCUCGCAGCAAUCGACCGCAACGAGUUCAUCGAGCAUGCUGAGUUCUCCGGCAACAUGUAUGGGACAACAGUGCAGGCGGUCAAGGAUGUGGCAGAUGCUGGAAAAGUUUGCAUUUUGGAUAUUGACGUGCAGGGCGUAAAGUCUGUUAAGGAGACGAAUUUGGGAGCGAGGUUUGUGUUUAUUGCGCCGCCGUCGAGGGAGGAGCUGGAGGCCAGGUUGAGGGGCAGGGGCACGGAUGACGAAAAGAGCAUUCUGAAGAGACUGGAGGCUGCCAGAGGUGAGCUGGAGUACGGCGAUUCGCCUGGCGCUUGCGAUAUUAAGAUUGUUAAUGAUGAUGUCGAUGCUGCGUACAAGAAGCUGGUUGACUUUAUCUUUUCAGAAUAAAAAAUGUCUUUCCUCUAUUCAAGAAUCGAAAUCGUGACCUUUUUUUCUUUCUCUUUCUUAUUUUUUUCGUUUUGUUUUCAUCAGCCUUCUACUGCUUCUGUCUAUUAGGUUCUGGUGUUUUUUAUUUAAUCUAAACGGGUAU